CACAGAGAGAUGCGUCGAGACGCACUCUGAAAACUUUGUGAACUCUCGAAGAACGAGGAAACGAAGCGCUAAGACCUUCGAUUGGAGACUCAAACUCGUUUAAAAAAGGUUCACAGGAUGAGCGCUGUUUUUACGAUGAGGAGAAGCUUGUGUCUGCUGUGUGUGGCUCUGUGGUUGUCGGGGGCUCUGGCCAAACCGGCCAAGGCGCCUCAGACGAAAGGGAAACCAGCCUCGGUGGACGACGUGAACGUGCUGAUGUACGGCGUGCUGCAGUUUAGCGAAUCCCUGCAUCACAUGUACCAGACCACAGAGGCCAAGAUCGCCCGCAUUCUCAGGUCCAUUCACAAGACAGAGAGUAUAGUGACAAGACUGGGUCAGGACACAGAGGAGGCUGAACAAACUAACAGCCAAGUUAAAGAGAGACUAAACCUCAUAAAGGCCCAGAUGGCAGGCCUCCAGGCCCAGGCUGAGCAGACCAAAGGGAUAGUGAUCAAAGCGGCAGAAGAAGGGGAGGACCUGAAGAGCAAACUAACUAAUCUGGAGACAAACCUCAAGAUCUCUCCACCCAAUCAGAUCAGAGCACUGAAGGAGAUGACCCUGAGGAAUUCCAGUGUUCUGAAGGAUCUGAUGAAACUGACGGUGGAGCAAAAGCAAACACUGGAGAACCAGAAUGAGCAGUUAGCUGAGCUGCAGAGGAAAGCGAGUCUGGACCUGAAUUCUCGGCCCGUGUGACGCAGCUGUAGGGGGCGCGUCAUAAUGGCUGCCAUCACUCAGAUACACAUAUGCUGGACCAUGUACCUGUAUCGACGAAGACUCAAUAUCUUCAACGACACUCCUUAAAUAGCACCCAAAACAUAUCCCUCCACCAAACACGUCCCCGACCGUCUAUAAGCGUACAAAAAACUAACACACUUUAACUAAAAAAAGAAAAUGUAUAUGUUGUUUAAAUGUUAUGUGCUGCAGUUUGUGUUUUAUAACUUAAAGUCUGAUGUAAAUAAAAACUUAUGAUAAACCUUAUAAUAAUAAAUAAACCUCA